AUGUUUAGCGACGAGACCGUAGACUCAGUCUGUGUCCAGUCACUGUGGAGACAGUCCCAACACUCGGAGCAGCAUUCGAGACGCUGCCAGACCAAACAGCUGCGGAGUGCAGACGCAGAGGCACAGUCUGUGAUCACCAGCUUUAGCGGUACACAAACCCAGUUCGAGGACAAAGAUGAGCACACUCUGUAUGAACCAAACCCAAAGGAGCUCGACAAACCUGAACUAAAGCACUUUCUGGACCGAGUGGUGGAAAGUGUUAUCCGAGAGAUAGUCAAAAAUGCCAGAAGUCACGCAUUUGACGGAUUUAAAGUCAGCUGGGAGGACCACUGUGAUCUUGUUUCAUGUCUUCAUUGUCUUGAGCAUCCCAGCGCUAAGGAGAGAGGUCUACAUGUGACGUGUAUAUCCUGGAACUGUACUGGUUCUGUUGUUUCCUGUGGUUUUGGCCGGAUAGAUGAUGGGGACUGGAGCACAGAAAAAUCUUUUGUCUGUACAUGGAACCUGAACAGAAAAGGCCUGAGUCCCACACAUGCUGACACGGUCAUAGAUGUCCCAACAGCAGUAACGGCUCUGUGCUGUCACCCAGACCAGCCAGCCCUCAUAGCAGGGGGUCUUUACAGUGGAGAAGUGGUAGUUUGGGACACUAGCCGCACUCAGGAUACAGUGUUGGCCCAAACCAGUAUAUUGGCGGACAGUCACAGAGAGCCAGUUUAUAAGGUGUCAUGGGUGCCCCUUCAGAAGAAGGGUGUGUUUGGGAUUCUCAGUGCUUGUUCUGGAGGGAGAAUCCUACUGUGGAACUUGGACCAAAGCAGCCUAAUUCUCAGCACAGGCUAUGCGUUAAUUUUGCAACAAGUUCCUCAUAGCAGUAGUGCUGGCUUUAAGACAAGAGGCAGUAGUAACAUUGGAGUCACUGCUCUGGCUAGAUCAUUCUGGGAUUCUGACACAUUCUUGGUUGGUUCGGAGGGAGGCUUGCUCCUCAGAUGCUCUUUCUCAUCUCAGAAGCUGGCAAUGGUUGCUUCUGAGGGCCAGAAUGUCUCAUUAAGAGCUCCAGCAGUCUUUUCAUUUAGAAAACACAGUGGUCCUAUCCAUUCUAUACACUGUUCUCCUUUCCACAGAAACCUCUUUGUAAGUGCUGGGACGGACGGACUCGCGCACAUCCACUCUCUGCUCCAGGCCAACCCAGUGCUUUCUGUCAGAGUUUCUGAUUCUUACAUUUUCCAGGUGCAAUGGUCCCCAAGCAGACCUCUAGUGUUUGCUGCAGCAAGUAGUCAAGGUGAGGUGCAGAUUUUUGAUCUAGGACAUGGGUCUUUGAAGCCUACUGCCACCAUUGAGAAGGGUGGCAGUGGUCAAGCUGCGACGUGUUUGGCAUUUAACUCCCAGAACACUCACCUCUUGGCUGUGGGGAAAACUGAUGGCACAGCCAGCAUAUGGCAGCUCAGUGGUGACUUGACAGAGCAGGGUCCUAGAGAAAUCAGUCAGCUAGACCACAUAGCCAAACAAGUGGCAGAAUGA